AUUGUCAAAUGUCAAUGUCUGUACUCGACUCAGUAAUCAUCUGUGCUAUAUUUGAUUGAUUAAGAAAAUAAAUAUAACAACUACUUUCCAAUAUAAAAAGCUCGCUUAUCUAAUAACAGUAAAAUCACAUUUCAUAGAAUUCCACACAAGUUCUACAUUUACAUUUCGACUAGAUAGAAUUUACCAUAAUCUUUCAACGAUGGCUGACGACAUUGUUUUCGAAUUACUUCAUUCUGAAAUAAUAAACUAUGCUAUGGAGCAAUCGAAAGAUAACUCUGAAAAGAAGGAGGCAGAUUUAUCCAUUGUAGAAUAUAUUGGAUUUGCGGCUGGAUACAAAGUAAUGGAGCGAUUAACACGAGAAUGGUCGAGAUUCAAAGAUGAGCUGGAUACAAUGAAGUUUGUAUGCACAGAUUUCUGGACAUGCAUUUACAAGAAGCAAAUUGAUAAUUUGCGCACAAACCACCAAGGGGUGUAUGUGCUUCAAGACAAUGCGUUCCGAUUUCUAACUAACUUUUCAAAUGGGCAACAAUACUUGGAAUAUGCUCCCAGAUAUGUAGCCUACACAUGCGGUCUUAUAAGAGGGGGCCUGGCCAACCUGUCCAUAAACAGCAUUGUCACCGCUGAAGUGCAGUCCAUGCCCUCCUGCAAGUUCCAUAUCCAUGUCCAGAGAGUAUGAGUCAUACAAUAAAAUAUUUAUUGUUAAAAAA